AGCAAGAGAUUUAAUGUGGUGUAAUGUAACUUAACUAUCACCGCCCAUAAGCGCUGGUUUUAUCAUCGACUUGCAACAGAGAUUAAACCACCGGAGUACAGAUUGUGGGCUGUUCUGAUGACUCAAGAUGGCGGAAAGUGAAGUGAAUGGCGUCGGAGAACACGGUUUGUCCUGGCCGGUGAAAGUUCUUGAUGCAAGCAAGGACGGCGAAAUCGUAAAAUUCACCAUACAAACCAACAUUGUUGAUGACAGUGAUGAAGAGAAAGGAGUUGUAGUUCUUCGUCAGUAUGAAGACCUAGAGUGGCUCUCUCACUGUUUAAUAGCUCACAAUAAUGUGGAUGGAGUUGUUAUACCACCUUUACCUCCAAAGCCCAUGACCACAGUCAGUGCUGCAGAAGCAAAAUCUAAAAAGCAACUUGGGAAAGAUGCUAAAAACAUGGUUGCUGAUGAGUUUUCAAGAGAUUGUCGCAAUGUAGAGAAAUUUCUUCAACUUGUUGUUGCCCACCCAGCCUUUUCAAAAGAUGAAGAUUUGCAAAAGUUUUUGAAAGAGGAAAAUCCACCAGUCAGAAGCAAAGUGAAAAAAGGUCUUAUGACAAGUUUAUCACGAGCUGUGGAUGAUUUCAGGCAUCAUAGUCACAAGGAUCUUGAUGAAGAAUUUCAGAAGAAAAGAGAUUUUGUGGAAGAGUACACACCACUUACCAAGGAGACAUAUGGGAACUUCACCAAAAUGGUACACAGUCAGCAACGUGUUGCAUUAGCAGUGAAUGAUUUUAGUUCUGGCAUCAUGACAGCAUCGGCUGGUGAUGAUAAUAGUACCAAGGAAUUGAAAGGGAAAUUUGUGACUUUUUCAAGCGCACUAAAUGGUGUCAAGGAAUCACUGGAUGUUAUGUCCACUAAUGAUGACAACACAUUAGGUUUUACUUUAGAACUUUAUUCCAGAUACAUGGAUGCUGCCAAGGAGAUGCUUUUCCGUCGUACAUGUAAACUAGUUGAGUAUGAGAACGCAACAAAAGCACUGGAAAAAGCCAAACCCAAGAACCAAGAAAUGCUUCAAAAAGCCAAAGACGAUGCAGAGGAAGCAUACAAUUCAAUUUCAGAAGCUGCAAAGAAAGAGAUGAUCCGUUACAAUAGGCAAAGGGUGUUGAGCCUGCAAGCCAGUCUUAUCCAGUACGCUGAAUCGCGGUUAAAGAAUGGAAGAGAUACCUACGCCAUUUUGGCCAAACUAUUGAAUGACAUGAAAAAAUCUGCUUAAUCAAUGAGCACAGAGAAAAUAGACGGCACCGUAAAUUUGGGAGGCCAAAAUUUAUUUCUAAUUUUCUUUAUGAAAUUAGAUUAUGUUGAUUUGACACGGAUAAUACAAAAAUAAUUUUUAAAACGAUGCAAGGUCGUUUCAGGCAUUGGCUCACUCCAGGUGUUCAGUUAGUAAAACGGAGCAGAGACUGGAGCGGAAAAGUGAAACAGCAAGAGAGGCUUGGGUUAGGUGGGAUUCAUUGAGUGACUCAACCCAAGCCUCCCUCGCUUUUUCACUUCUCUGCUACUAUAGUGCUGUUUACUAUCACACUUUGUUUUGCCGACUGAAUGCCUGGAACAGGCUAUUCAGGCACUAAUCAUAACCAUUGCAAUUUCUUCAAAUGUGAUUGGUGCAUUAGCUGCUUCAUUUUUUCACUUCUCAUUCUGUACAGCUUUAAUUGGACAGCAUAAUUGGACAGUUGGCUUUAAUCGGAUACCUGUAAUUGGACAGUUGAAGCAACGAAUCAUACUAAGUUCAGUCAGCCAAAUCCACCAAUCACAGAGUUAAUCACAAUAACCAUAGCAACAACCACUUGUCUCAAAAAAAAAAUUAAGAAUUUCCAAAAUGGAGACAUAUUUUUUUACUGUAGACAUUGUCUAUACCAGAGAUAUUUGACCUAAAUGUAUUUCUUGUUUUCAGAAAUAAUAACAAUUAAGAUUAAAUGGUAACAGGACUUUUUGUCGUCCACUUCUUUCUGUAAUCAUACUCGUGAUUGACAAAUUGGUCUCUUGCUUUGCAGUCGUCCAAUUUUGUUAAUCACGUGUAUGAUAACAACAGACCGAAUAAGACUCCACUCAGUCCUAUUACCAUUGUAGAUUGGCUGGAAAUGGUGGCAAAAAUCCAGCAAUUACUUGAAAUUUAAUCAGCAAAUAUUUCAUGACAGAAAGAAAUUUUCCAAUUUUGUGAAGGCUACCAGCCUUGAAUCAAGGCUCCAGAACAUUCAAUAAACACUUAACAUGGUGAA